GAGCGGAUCCCCGCACCCGCCCUGUGCUGGUGGCCAGGCGGCGUGAGGCCCGGCAGAAUACCCCCCCGGGGAGAGGAGGCCUGGUCCCUCCGGUGUGGCGCCUGGCGCUAUGCGAGCAGGCGGGGGAAGGAGGGAAACGCCUCAAAAAUCCCUCAGAAGCGGCGUUUCUGGGCCCUGGCGGCUGGGCCCGGCUCCUGCCUGAGGGCAGCGCCUCGGAGCUGACGGAAACGGCCCCGUGGAAUGAAGUCACGAGGUAUUUCCGGGCGGGCAUGCCUUUGAGAAAACACCGGCAGCAUUUCAAAAAACACGGAAGCUGCUUUACUGCCUCCGAAGCUGUAGACUGGCUCCAUGAAGUGUUAAGAGAUAACAGUAACUUUGGUCCUGAAGUUACCAGGCAGCAGACUGUUCAGUUAUUGAGAAAGUUCCUCAAGAAUCACGUAAUCGAGGACAUAAAAGGGAGAUGGGGAUCUGAAAGUUUAGAAGACAAUGGUGCGCUAUACAGGUUUCCUUCAACAUCUCCAGUUAAACCUCUACCAAGCUCACCUUCACCAAAAGAGAACUUGGAAAACUUCUCUAGAGACAAAGACAGACUUCCUAAACUGCUACAUUUAUCCAGGAGACCUUUUAAAAAACAUGAAUUACUACAGUCUCUGGAAAAUUUAGAGAAGGCAAACUCAGGUAUAAUAAAGCAAAACAAAGAAGACACGCUGCAUGGGAAUGAAAUAAGCCAGGAAUAUGUGCAAGAAACCUGGAGAAAUAUCAUUCUAAUACACUUGCAAACCAUUUUAGGCCUCCCAUCUUUGGAAGAAGUUUUGCAGCCAAAGCAGAUAGUUCCCGAGUAUGUCAUGUACAAUAUGACUAACACAAGCAAACACGGUGUUGUUAUUUUGCAGAACAAAUCAGAAGACCUCCCUCACUGGGUGUUGUCAGCUAUGAAAUGCCUCGCAUACUGGCCUAGAAAUAAUGACAUGAGCCAACCAACUUACAGUGGGUUUGAACGGGAUGUAUUCAGAACGGUUGCUGAUUACUUUCUCAAUCUCCCUGAACCAUUACUUACUUUUGAAUACUAUGAACUUUUUAUUAAUAUUUUAGUUAUGUGUGGCUACAUCACAAUUCCAGAUAGAUGCAGUGGAAAACAUUCUGUCGAGGAUGAGAAAUGUGUCCCACAACCUUCAAAAAUUCUUCAUUUGAACUCUUUCAAGUCAACUGAGUGUCUUCUUCUAAGCCUACUUCGCAAAGAGCCCAAUGAAAAAAAGACAAAAUCUGAAGCUUCCAGGAAGUCCUUUGCAGAAGAGCUAACUGUUCAAAAACAACAUGCAAAGAAAUUGCAGCAAUAUAAACUAAGGUGUAAGCAAGGCAGUGCUCUUAAUCUAAUAGGAGGAAGUUGUCAAAAUCUUUCAGGUUUCAGGAAUGAGCAAGAUCCACCUCGAACAUUUAGGACAAGGUGUUACUCUCUGGAAAAAGUUGGAGAUGCUGCUUCAAGCGCGUAUCAUAAAGAGGAGUUUGAUUCCCUCAGACAAAGAGACGUGAACACCAUCCUGGGCAGAAGAAGUGGAAAACAAUUGCUGCCAUGUGAACAUAAAUCUAAUUCUGUAUUGGAGCUUGAUUUUGAUAACACAUGUCAAAAUCAACCCCAGGGGAUCAGGAGAGCGUCUGCCUCAACUCUUCAGGGUACAGACCUACUUAAUGAAAAUCAGGGAUUAGAGCAGAUGUGUGGCUCUCGGAGUUUACUUGGCAAGAUGAACUCCAAAAGUUGCUCUAGCGUUAAUAUACCAGUUGCUGAAAUCACAGUAAAGCCGACGCCUCGACGUUGUGUGCAAGGAAAACCAAAUACCUCUGGUGUGGCUUCUGCAGCGGGCAGCAGGACUGAGGUUUCUGACAUCGCCAUCAAAAAGAGACUCUGCAGAAGUACCACAGAACUCUCAGAAUGCUCUUUCACUCACUCCUCUUGUAUGUUGACUGGCACGCAAAAUCUCCUUCAGCCUCAUUUAGAAAGAAUUGCUGUUGAAGCACUACAGAUAUGUUGCUUGUUGCUUCCACCCCCAAAUCGUAGAAGGAUUCAGCUCCUAAUGCGUAUGAUCUCUCGAAUCAGUGAAAAUGUUGAUAUGCCACGGCUGCACGAUACAAUGGGCACGCGGUCUUUGAUGAUACAGACCUUUUCUCGGUGCGUGCUGUGCUGUGCAGAAGAAGUAGAUCUUGAUGAGCUCCUUUCGAUGCGAUUAGUUUCAUUUCUGAUGGACCAUCAGCAAGAAAUAUUUAAAGUCCCCACUUACCUGCAGGUUGCGGUGCGAGAUCACCUAGAGCACGUGAGGAUGGCCCAGUGCAAAUAUCCAAAGGAAGAAAUCUCUGCCAUAUUGCCAACGUACUCGUACUGCAAACAAAUAACUCCUGAGGAGUUUGAAGAGCAGAAGGUUUCUACCUCUCAGGCUGCAGUAGCAGAGCUCUUGGAGAACAUUAUCAAAGAUAAAAGCUUGUCUGUGAAAGACAAAAAGAAAAAGUUAAAACAGUUUCAGAAGGAAUACCCUCUAAUCUACCAGAACAGAUUUCCAACUACAGAAAAUGAAGCCAUGCUACUGGAGAACAAACCUACCAUCAAACAACCAAUGCUUAGCUUGAGAAAACCAAGAUUUCGUAGCCUAAGAUAUUAA